GGCAGGCUCAACAUCAACGGCGUAUCGACCCGGGACGCCAAAGCAACCCGGGUCGAUUCCGUCGUUGUAUGCUCGAGAAGCCGAAAUUAGCAGGCCAGUGGGAUAGCGAAAUUUUUAUUUGGAUUGGAGUUCUUGGAUAACUUAGUGUGAUAAAUUUCAAGAAGACACAAUUGACAAAUUUUAAUAUAUUAUAUUAAAUUAUCAAAAUGGCAAGAAUCGGGACGCAAUUUCAAGCAAUUUUUACUUCAAUACUCAGCAUAUUAUUUUUGAGCCAAAUGGUCACAUCUGCCAGCAUACAGGAUUGGGUUCAUGAUGAAUUGAGUCAACAACCUUCAUUGAACCUGGUUUUACCACAAAGACCAGAACAUAUAUUAACAGAUUGUAUGCACGUCACAUCAGAAGACGGUGACUUCUUUUUCAAAAGCAAUGGUGUCGAAGAUUCUUCAGCAGAAGUUCCAGUUUGUGGUCUUUAUUUGAUCACAGAAGCCAACAUGAGGGUCGAAUUGACAAUUAGGCAUUUUGAUGUACCUUGCGAAGACGGUGGACUGAUUGCAUGGAUAGACGGCUGGGAGCUAAACGGCGAGAUCUUCCCUUCGCCUUCGGACCAUCCAUCGGCGAUGCGCGACCGCGUCGCCGAAAUGUGCGGCGCUUCCGGCCCUUUGUCGUCGUCCUCUUCCGUGGCGGCGGCUGCGAGUUCACCGCUCCAGAGUUCCCUGACCGGAGCGCCGUUGACGGGACGCCACUGGGUGGGAAGGACGCUGAGGAGCAGCCAGAAUGCGGCACUGCUCCAGUACAGGGUCGGAGGCAGGGGCCGGGGGUUCGGGGUCAGCGUCAGAUACGUUCCGAACCAUUCUCCUUGUAAUAUUCUGGUGGAGGGACUGGCUCCGUCGUACACUUUGAGAAAUCAUGGAAAACGUGGAAAUUGUACACUGAGUGCCAUGUACCCGUCUGUCGUCAGAGUCUUAUCAAUGCAAGUCGGAGAUGACAGGGGUUUAGAGACUGGCACCUUGCACAAGUGUCAAAAACGUGGAAUUGACGAUUUCGUAGAAAUUGGAGGCACAGAGGGUUUAGACAGUGUUUCAUUACAAAGUAUGCCCUCGAUAUGCGGACAAGAUUCCAGACCCGGGAGAGAGCAAGCGAUUUUCUGCGGCGUGAGUACGGUGCGACUGCAAUCUAGCGGCCGGUACAACAACCAAAUUACUUUGACGUUACGGCCGGCAGAGGAGCAAGACUACAGCGCCAUGUCGGCGGUCGUGUGCGGUGUCUGAAUCAACAAUUACAAUGCAAAUAAAUAAAAAAAUAAAAAAUGUAUUAAUAAAGACUAAUGGAGCUUUGCAACAAUCAUCGGGAAUCCAAAAUUAGAUUUAUACUCACUCCAAUAAGUGAAUAAGAAAUUAUUUUUAUUUACUUCUUGGAAUUGAAUAUGAAUCUUGAUUUUGAUUAUGCUACAUUUAUGAUGUUUUGGACCUGAAUACGUACCAUUAUCAGGUUUUUUUAGUCAAGAACUGUUAUUUUUAUAGUUAUUAUAUUAAUAGUUAUUUUGAUGAUCAGGGAAUUUCACGAAGAUGUUAUUUAGCAUUUAGAUGUUUAUUACGUACUUUAUGAAAAAAAGACAAAUUGUGAAGAGAAAAUUAAGUGCAAUUCCUCUUGUUUAUUACAUUUAUCAAUAUAUUUAAAUUUGUAUCAUAGCGCUUGUUAAUGCUACUUUUUGGCUAAGAAACCUGGUGAUGGAACGUAUAUAGUUCCAAAACAUCGUUAAUGCCUAAAACCUUUCGUGUUUUUAUUUAUUUCUUAGAUUAUUUGAAAAAAAAACAGUAAAUUAUUUCAUUAAAAAUCACCUACCAAAUAUAAUAUAAAAAUAUUAUUUGUUAAAUCGUUUAACUCUCAGAAAUCGUUUAAGUCUCAGAAAAAACAGAUGCGCCAUCUCUGUGUAUGUUAUUCCAACUGAAGUUAACUUUUUGGAAUUUGUUAUAGUUUUUUGUGUGUAAGAACAAAAAAUACUAAUUUAUAUUCACAUAAUUAUUAAUACUAAUUGCUAUAUAUCAUUCUGAUUCUACGAUAAAGUUGCAAGCUCCUUCUACUGUAAUUGAUAAUGAGAAAAAAGAUUUAAAAACUUUAAACAUGGAACAAACUUUACAGUUAAUA